ACCCGCCCACUCAUCCACCUACCCACUCCCUGCGCCGCCUCUUCCCACCCUGAGCAGAGCCGCCGACGAUGAUAAACACCCAGGACAGUAGUAUUUUGCCUUUGAGUAACUAUCCCCAGCUCCAGUGCUGCAGGCACAUUGUUCCGGGGCCUCUGUGGUGCUCCGAUGCCCCUCACCCACUGUCGAAGCUCCCCGGUGGGCGAGGGGGCGGCAGGGAUCCUUCUGUCUCAGCUCUAAUAUAUAAGGACGAGAAGAGCACUGUGACCCAGGACCUCCCUGUGAACGAUGGAAAACCUCACAUCGUCCACUUCCAGUAUGAGGUCACCGAGGUGAAGGUCUCUUCCUGGGAUGCAGUCCUGUCCAGCCAGAGCCUGUUUGUAGAAAUCCCAGAUGGAUUAUUAGCUGAUGGGAGCAAAGAAGGGUUGUUAGCACUGCUAGAGUUUGCUGAAGAGAAGAUGAAAGUGAACUACGUCUUCAUCCGCUUCAGGAAGGGCCGGGAAGACAGAGCUCCACUCCUGAAGACCUUCAGCUUCUUGGGCUUUGAGAUUGUGCGUCCAGGCCAUCCCUGUGUCCCCUCUCGACCAGAUGUGAUGUUCAUGGUUUACCCCCUGGACCAGAACUUGUCCGAUGAGGACUAAUGGUCAUAGAGGAUGCUUUGCCCAAGAGCCACAGUGGGGGAAGAGGGGAAGUUAGGCAGCCCUGGGACAGAGGAGGGGGCUUCUUGCUGUCUAGGGAAGGACGCUUAGGGGCUCAGGGUGAGGGUUGCCUAUUGUGUUCUUGGCAUUGACUCAUUGAAAUUGUUUUCCAUAAAGAACAGUAUAAACAUAUUAUUCACAUGUAAUCACCAAUAGUAAAUGAAGAUGUUUAUGAACUGGCAUUAGAAGCUUUUUAAACUGCGCUGUGUGAUGUGCUCUAUCUAGCCUAGGGGAGGACAUUGCCUAGAGGGGGAGGGACUGUCUGGGUCCGGGGGCAAGGCCUGGAGAGCUGGUGGACAGCACUCUCAGGCUGAGGUUCCCCUGCUAUUGGGCUUUCUUUUUUGGUUUUUA